AUGGCAGUGGCGUUGAGUGGGACCACAGAGCCACCACACCUCAGCAAGCCCACCAUAACCCCCUCACAGGAGACCACUCAGUCUGCACUGGCCCCACUUGCCCACGGCUCCGGGGCUGCCCUCAGCCCCCAGAGCCUGUGGGGAGGGCAUGGCCCCCAGAGCCUGUGGGGAGGGCAUAGCCCCCCUGCCUGCCCCGCUCCUUCCCAAGGGGUCGACCCUCAUCUCCCCAUCAGCUUUCCAGUGGGAAACACGGGCUCGGGGGCGGCCGCCAGCCAGCUCGGGCAGGGGACGGGGCAGCGGGGGCUGCCCCCGGGGGUGCGCCCCGCUGAUGGCGGCCGGGCGCCAUGUGGGGGCCGGCGGCUGCCCCUCCGCCUGAGCGCAGAGCGCCGCUGCUCCUCGGCCGGGGGGCGAGAGCGGAGCCGGGGGGCCGGCAGCCAGCGGGGCCGGGGCCGCCGGGGCGGGCUGGGGCAGGCGGGCUGGGGCGGUGUGUGGGUUCCCUCCUGCCGCUGCCCGUCCCUGACGGCCGUUGUCUUCUCCUUCCUCCCCCUCAGGAACUGGUGCGCCUACAUAGUGAACAAGAACGUGAGCUGCUCGGUGCUGGACGGGACGGAGAGCUACGUCCAGGCCCAGUACAAGUGCGCCUGGAACCAGUUCCCCUGCCAGCCCACCCCGGUAUACCGAACGAGUUUCAGACCUCGGUACACAAUUGCAUAUAAGACGGUAACGGAGCUGGAAUGGAGAUGUUGUCCUGGGUACAAAGGGGAAGACUGCAGAGAUGGCCCAGCAGAAAAGCCAAACACUGCUCGUCGUCCUACACCACCAGCAAAAGCUGUCGUGAAGAAAGGCUUGGAUGCAGAACCAACAGAAGUGCCGGAACCUCCACCAUACGAGAAGAAAAUGCAGUUUCUUGAGGAUGAAUUGUUUAGACUUACACGAUCAGUGCUUGAACUUCAGUCCUCUGUGGCAGGUGUGAAUGAAAACCUAAAGUUGACUGUCCAAGAAGAUGCGAGUAAGAUGUUGGUCACUUGGCUAAACAACCUUUAUGACCGCCCAGAGUCUGAUAGCGUAGUUGGUGGUGACACAGACAGUAUUCAUCUGCCUGGACUCCACAGCAAUAAAGAUCAGAAAGACCCUUUUAUUGAUUUUGAAAUGGAAGAUAUAAAGUCUGAGCUAGCUGAGGUCAAAGAAGCCUUGAAGAUGAGGAACGACAAGCUGGAGGAACUGAACGGAAAAGUAAAAGGCUAUGAAGGACAAUUAAAACAACUGCAGGAGGCAGCACAAGGACCUACAAUAACAAUGCCCAGUGACAAUAUAUAUCAGGAGUAUAUAGACUCAAAAUUUGAGUCCCUCAGACAGGAAAUACUGGAAGGAUUUGAAAAGAAAAUGGCAGAUCUGAAGAACUCCUGUGAAUACAAACUACAGGAUAUCCAGCAGCAGUGUGAUGACAAUGACAGUAACUGUUCAGGAAUAAUUGAUGUUAUAAGGGGAAAAGAGAAUGACUUGAGGAAAGAAAUAAAUUCUCUUCGAACUCAGAUUCCAUCAAACAAGUCCAGUUGUUGCAAGGAGGGUGAGAGAAAUUACUUUGACCAACAGAUAAAAGAUUUAGAUAAGAAGAUUGACAGAGUUGCGGAAGCACACAGGAUCUUGAACGUUAGAAUAGAUAAUGAAAUCAGUCGAUUGUCAACUCCAGAUCUAGAAGACAUGUUUGGUGAGAGGUUGGAGGAGCUAGAUGCAAGGAUGAAUGUGACGGAACGAAAUGCUGAAGAACAUUGCUUUUACGUUGAGGAAACACUCCGCAAUGCUAUAGCUGCUGAGGUAGAUGAAUUGAGAGACUUGUUUGACCAAAAGCUACGUGGCCUAGAAGAUAGGCUAGGUGGCACUAUUUUAGAGAUUGCUAAUACCACAGACCCGGAUGGAAUGUUUAUUAAUCCUGGGCCCAUCUUGCCCAGUGACGCAGGAUUUGCAAAUGAGCAAUUUACAGCUGAGAUGAAUUUUGUGAGGAACAAACUACAGUCACUUGAACACCUCUGUGGGCAGAAAUGUCAGUCUGCACCACAAGGUACAGAGGACCUUCAGAAAGAGCUAGAAAAUUGUAACAACAAAUACAAUCACUUGCUUUUGAAAACAGAGAACAACUCUGUUCUCCUGCAGUCUCUAAAUAGCUCUCUUAAUGAGAAACUCAAUUUAAUGAAGGGUAACCAACGUGAUAUCCAGAAAAUGCAGAGAGAUGUACGUGUAUUCAGGUAUAGUCUAAAUGUCAUGGAUAAAGAUGUGAAGAACCUUCAAGAUGGCUUGAAUAGCUGCAAGGAGCAGCUUCUGGGUGUCAAUUCUACCUGUAGAAAAACACAACGAGGUGUCUUCCGAAAAAUCGAUCAAAUGCAAAGGACAUUUGCAAAUCAGACUGCUCAUCCCAGCGACAGUUGCUGUGGUGAUGUGAAAGAGAGACUAGAACAAUUGAAUGACCAUAUCCUGAAUGAUCUUAACAAGUGCAAAGAAAAGACCCAAGGCAUCCAGGAGGGUGUUUCGGAUGUUGAGAGCAGAGUCUCGCAUGUUGAAAAAGUUUGUGGCAAGUUGGACUCUGUCUCAGGUAGUUUGGAGAAGAUAAAAGAAGGUCUGAAUAAGCACAUAAGCAACUUAUGGAACUGCGUCCGUGAAAUGAAUGGAACUAUAGCAUCUCAUUCCACGGAUAUUUCUGGCCUCAAAAAUUCUGUACAACAGUUUUACAGUCAAGUUUCCAAAAUCACCACAGACAUUGAAGGCAUGCUGAGAUCUCAGUCUGACACAAGACGACCAGAAGUACCACGGCAGCCUUUGCCACCAAGACCACCCCUGCAGCCCCAGCCUGGCAUAUCCCUGCUGCCGUCAAGGCCAAGGAUACAACCCCCACGACAGAGGAUCCCCCUCCAGCCACCAAGACCUCUUCCACGCCCAGCGCUGCCAGGAUCAGGAGUUGUGCCAUUUCUGCCUGGAACCACCGGGAUCAUCUUGGAGACUGGAGAGGCAGGGCCUCCUGGCACUGUUCUAAUGUCAGGAAGAGGGCGGCUUAGAAGCGUGGAUGGUCAAGCUGGUCAAAGUACCAUGCCCAUUGCUGAAGGCUAUGCUGGAGCACCAGGGUAUCCAAAAUUAUCUCCUCCUACCACAGACUCACAAGGACCUGCUGCUGCUGCGGCGGCCUCUCUGGUGUCCUUUUCUGCUGGCCUCACCCAGAAGCCUUUCUCGAGCGAUGUCGGCGUGGUUCACUUCAACAAAGUGCUUGUGAAUGACGGGGACUAUUACAACCCCAAUACAGGCAUUUUCACAUCUCCGUAUGAAGGGCGGUACCUGAUCACCGCUGUGCUGGCCCCAGAGAGGGAUGAGUACGUAGAAGCCGUGCUGUCCGUCUCCAACGCCAGCGUGGCUCAGCUCCACACCGCUGGGUACAGAAGGGAACUGCUGGAGUAUCACAAACCCUACUCGGGGAAACGGACCUGUGGUGGUCCUGGGACAUUCCACCUUGUUCUUCACCUCAAAGCAGGAGAUGAAGUAAAUGUCGUCGUAACAGGAGGCAAACUGGCCUACACAGACUCUGACGAAAUGUAUUCCACGUUUAGUGGAGUUCUCCUUUAUCCUUCCAUUUCUCAUGUUUAGGUUUACCUUGAACAGGAGAGAAGGGUAAGAUAUUCAGAAGAAAUUAAGUGUAAUAAAAUUCAAAGCUUUAAUAUA